CAGUACGUCAAUACCCCAUCGAUAUGCAGAAAAAGAACAACACAACAAUCGCAAACACAUGUUCAAUAUUAUAUUCCUAUUCAUUUGCUCGAGCGGGUGAUGAAAAGGGCUACCACAAUGGAUCAGUUGACAUACACCACAGCAGUUAAAAAGGCACAACUGGUGGAGAGAAAUCCACAGUCUCUGUUAGAUCCCUUGCGAGUUUCUAUGCAUGACCAGGAGGACAUCAUUGCUUUGGCUCAACAAAUCCAGAAUGCGGACAAGCAACUCAAACACACCACUUGUCACAAACUUGGAGUAAUAAUGGAUCAAAUCAAGAUGCUGCAAGCACAGGCCAUGGAAAUAUUGAAAGAGUCCAAUGUGAACCGUGACCUGCACAAUGCCGCUUGCAACUUUACCAAAAAACCUGGACAAAUCUAUCAUCUUUAUCAAAGGGCAUCAGGUCAAACCUAUUUCAGCAUGCUCUCGCCGGAAGAAUGGAAUCAUUCGGUAGACCAGACGUACAAAGGUAGCUAUAGACUCGAAUUUGACUUAAGUUGGACACCGCUGGACAAGAUAAAACAGCAAGACGAAAGGCUCAAAUGGGCGGAGGAAUGCAUGGAGAAGGCAUUGGACAGUGGACGCUCGGCUAUGGCUAUUGACUUUAAUAUUAACAAUGAAUAAAAUAGUUUAAUUUGAA